AUGCGCCACCACGCCAACGCGCUCGCGCUCGUGCUCGCGCUCGCGGGCCUCGGCCUGGGCCCGGCCGCCGCGAACCCUCUCGCGCCGGGGGCCGCAGCGGCGCGGCAGCUGUCGUUCUCGAUGCCGCCGGACGAGGCGACGAUCAUCAUGUCGCUGUUCACAGCGGCGACGGCGACGGGGACGGCGGCAACGACGGCGGCACCGCUGCCCUCCGCCACGGCGGCGCCGGACGAGGACAAGGACCUGUCGGUGUGCUGCUGCUGCCUGAGCGAGCCGCAGCCCGAGCGCGCGCACUACAUGGCGGCGUGCCCGCGCGAGGGCGUGCGCGCCGUGUGCAGCGCCGACGGCGACCCGGGAUCCGGCUACACGCUCGGCGGCAUCGAGCGCAACGAGGCCGAGAUCGGCAGGACGUGCUCUCAGGUCCGGUGCGGGCCGGUGCUGUUUGUGGAUCCGUGA